UCUGCCAAGCCAACCCGAUUCAUAUUCAAUAGAAUUUCUGUUAAAGGCCCAAACCCCCCUCUCCCCGAUCAUUGCUCUCUGUUAAUCGACGCCGUGGUCGAGUCCCGCCGUCCAUCCCGGACGUUUUCUCCGGCUAAUUCUUCAUCUCUAUUGUGUCUAUCCAAGAUGGCAUCACUUCAAGAAAGCUUGCAAAGGUUCAAGAAGCAGCAAGAGAAGUGCCAAGCUAUUACUAGUAUGGCUGCCAGAGCAGGACCUUCCAAGGGAGCUCCUCCAAGGCCAGCUAAUGCAAAACCUCCUGCACCUGCAGUCAAAUUUUCAAAUGACACGGAAAGGCUCCAGCAUAUAAAUACUAUAAGGAAAGGGCCUGUUGGGUCUCAGAUGAAACGUGUCAUAGACUUGCUUCUGGAGACAAGGCAAGCUUUCACACCAGAACAGAUCAAUGAAGCAUGUUAUGUUGAUUUAAUUGGCAAUAAACCUGUGUUUGACAGUUUGAGGAAAAACGUCAAAGUAUAUUAUGAUGGCAAUCGCUUUUCUUAUAAGUCGAAACAUGCUCUGAAAAAUAAAGAGCAACUACUUAUCUUGAUAAGAAAAUUCCCUGAGGGUAUUGCUGUUAUCGACCUCAAGGAUGCAUACCCGACUGUCAUGGAGGACCUGCAGGCUCUCAAAGGUGCUGGUCAAAUAUGGCUGCUGUCAAAUUUUGACUCCCAGGAAGACAUCGCCUUCCCAAAUGAUCCACGAGUACCCAUUAAGGUUGAUGAUGAUUUGAAACAGCUAUUCAGAGGUAUUGAAUUACCACGUGACAUGCUUGAUAUCGAAAGGGAUCUGCAGAAGAACGGGAUGAAACCUGCUACCAACACUGCAAAGAGAAGGGCAAUGGCACAAGUCCAUGGCAUUGCUCCCAAGCCCAAAACCAAAAAGAAGAAGCAUGAGAUUAGCAAGAGGACUAAGCUUACAAAUGCUCAUCUUCCAGAACUCUUCAAACUUUAGAUAUCUAUUGGUUCAUAAACUUCUCCCGAAUAGAAAACAAGCACUGGAGUUCCUCCUCUCCUUUCCAGAUUCUGUUGUCUAGUGACUGAACCUUGAAUACCUAAUGCUUUACCAUACGUCUAGCAUGAAGAGUUCUUUACGAAUGGCUAAAGCCUUGGUGUUUGGUUCCUAUUCACAAGGUUGUGUUUUGUUUUUACUGACCUGGUAAACUUGGGGUGGGAAUAUGAUACUAAUAAUUUGUGAUUUUAUUACUGACUUGGGUUUUUGGACCAUCAAAUUGUUAUGUUCAUGAAGAUCAACAUCAUUUUGUAUCAUAUUGUUUAAUAUCAAUAUAUAUUACGAUUAAAAUUAGUAA